AUGAAGAACAAUCAAAUCCUUGCAGCAGCUAGUCUGCUCUUCACCACUCAAGCCCUCGCCCAAAACGAGAUUUACAGCGGUAGCGGAUUUGGGACGUACUACUACGAUAUUGUCAACGUCUGGACGCUGGAAGAUGUCAACUCGGACUACUUGGUGGCCAUGAACUACACUCAGCUUGUCGUAGACAUGGGUAAAUACUGCGGCAAAAGGGUUAUUGUCUCUGUGAACGGCGUGCCAUCUGAUAUGCCACUCUUUAUCGGUGAUGGCUGUGAGCGUUGUGCUACGGGGUCAUCAACGUCAACUACUUGGCAACCCGACGGUGCGCCAGGACUUGAUUUCAGCUACAGCGUCGCUGAGAAAUUGUCGUCUCAGGCAUGUGAUACCGGCCAUAUUGAGAUUUCAUGGGAAAUCGUCGAUGAGUUGGUCUAUCAAUUUGACUAUGAUGGUUCGGGCGGCCCUCAAGGCUUCGUUACUACUGCCCCUGCCGGUCCAACAACAACAAAAGUUCACACUGAGACUACUACAAAAGCUACAAUCACGAAGCAUAGCACGACUUUGAAAACUACCACGGCUAGCCCGACUCAAACAAGUGCUUCUUGUCAGGACAAUGUCUGGCAAUGCACUCCAGACGGCACUUCGCUUGAGCAGUGCAUCGGCAGUACUUGGACAAUUCGAGAAGUUUGCCCGUCUGGAACGAGCUGCCAUGGCACUUCCAACCCUUACUGCGCUUAG